CACACACUGACACACAAACAUCACGAUAAACAUACAGAUUGACUGACGGAUUAAGUUCAUACCACCUGGAAUGGCAAUAAAAGAGGAACUGAGGAGUCGUCAGUUUUGGCAGGGGAUUCUGGCUGAGGUUUUGGGUUCUCUGGUCUUUGUAUCUGCUGUGUUGGGUUCUUUAGUUCCGGGGUCGGACGGGGUCUCCCCAGGGCCCAUCUAUCCAGCACUGGCUGCUGGUAUGGCCACUGUUGUUCUGGGAUAUUGUUUUGGUGAAAUCAGUGGGGCGCAGGUGAAUCCUGCAAUGACUGUGGCCCUUAUGGCAACAAGGAAGGUGGACGUCUUCAGGGCUCUGGUUUAUCUGGUUGCUCAGUGUCUGGGUGGAAUCCUGGCAACUGGUUUGCUUUACGUCUGCCUGCCUCUGAAAUCCAUUGCGCAAAACUUCAUUAACAAGGUUCCAGUGGACAUGAAUGCAGGUCAAGCUCUUGGCAUGGAGAUGCUCGCCACAUUUCUGUUGGGUUUUACUGUAUUCUCUGUAGAAGAUCAACGCAGGAGGGAAAGCACUGAACCUGGAAACUUGGGCAUUGGGUUCGCUGUAAGCACUGCAAUCUUCAUUGCUGGCAGAUUUUCCGGUGCUAGCUUGAACCCGGCCCGAUCCCUUGGUCCAGCUAUAAUACUCGGUUACUGGGAGCACCACUGGGUCUACUGGAUUGGGCCAAUAUCAGGUGCAGUCCUGGCUGGGAUGUCUCAUGAGUUCAUCUUUGCCCACAGUGCAUCCAGACAGAAGUUAGUUGCUUGUCUUACCUGUAAAGACAUUGACAUUGUGGAGACAGCCAGCGUAUCUCGAUCUUCUCUCUCCACUGUCACACAGAGCGCCAUGAGAAACAAACAAAGCAACAAACUUGAGCACAGCUAAACUAAAGCUCAAGAGAGUUCAGCAAGCACAGAGUGUUUGUAAAGUUUUCCACCAAUUAGUUAAGCCUUCGAACCACACAGGACCAAACCUCUCCAUCUGAAAGAUGAAUUCCUGUUGGAAUUACACUCAUGAAAAUGUAUAACGGUUAACAGUGUUGGGGAAAGUUACAUUUAAAAGUAAUGCAUUACAAUAUUAAGUUACUCCCCAAAAAAGUAACUAAUUGCGUUACUUAGUUACUUUUCAUGGAAAGUAAUGCUUACAUUACUUUUAAGUUACUUUUGCGUUACUUUUUCUUACUUGGCUGAGGCUUGAUCUCUUUCAGGCCUUGCAGGUGUUUUUUAUGAUUGCAAAAAUGUCAUCUCCAUUUCUGAUUCAAAAUGUUCUCGCUCAGGCGCACAGGGUGCGUAAUUCUACGUUAACAUGUUCAGUUUAAUUUAAUACAUUAUUUUAUUUUAUAAAUUUAAUUAAUUCAACUGAAAAGUAACUCAAAUUACUUUUUUUAAAAAGUAACUCAAAUAUUAAUGUGUACAUUUAUAAAGUAAUGUGUUACUUUACUCGUUACUUUAGAAAAGUAAUAUUAUUAUGUAAUGCACGUUACUUGUAAUGCGUUAAGGGCUCGUUAUAUUCGUGUGUAGGUCCUACAGCGUACUUUUGCGUUGUCGUCCGCGUCGACGUGCAAACACAUGCGCAGACCGCUGGUAGGCAGUAACCAUGCGUGUAACCACAGUAGCAUCGUGAACGUAAAAGAAGAAGAAGCUUAGCAAGUUAACCCACAAACGAAGAAGAAACGGCAACUUGUUGUGUAUAAUUUAAGAAGACCAGCAAUGAUGGAAGUAAAUAAACAUCGACUUUUGAUGCAGUUUGAGUUAAAUCACUCCUCAACUUGGCUCAUCUUUGUUUUCACCGUCACAAAUGGAAAUACCUAUGACGCAGUUUUUUUUACCUGACGGGAGGGGUUCUGGUGGACCAAUCACAGCGCUUGUGGUCCGCGUAGAUCUGACGCGCUGUUAAAAUUUUUGCGAGGUGCACAUCAGGCUACGCAGAGCUACGCACAGGCUACGGCUUAGAACCUACGCACGACUUUAAAUCAGGCUUUACCCCAACACUGACGAUUAAAAAGUAAUGAAAACUUAUGGGGCAUUUUUAAAGUACUCAUAUUACCUUGUUACAUAUUUUACAUUUUUUGUAAUUUACAUUGAAAUUUUUAUUUUAAACUGUUUAUUUUUGACCGUGCAGUUCUAGAGUUGGGCUUUUACGAUGACUAACUAAAAGUUAACUUAAAAGUAAAUCGUCUAAUUUAUAAAAUGAUAAAUACUUUUUAACUGAGUGUUGUAUAAAGGGUUAUUUUUAGAAUGUACAGUUAAAGUUUUUAACUCGUCAACUGGUGGGGUAGUGUAACAAACCAACAUAACUUUACAGCCAAGAGACCUGAAGUAAUCAAACACCCAUUAAUACUUUCAUAAAAAGACAUCUCCACUGAAAGCCCUAUUCUUCUUUCUACUUAAAAUUUCAAGUAAUUAUGACAAAACAUACGCAACUUAAACAUUUUAAAUAAUUAAAUUUAUUAACUUACAAAAACCAUAUACUUAAAAUUCAAGUGCAAUUAAAUUUCAGUACAAACUCCCGUGAGGAAUGCCUAUGAGCCCUUGUGCCUGAAAAUGUUGAAUUAAGUUUGGUCAAAGAAUAGCAACUGAUGGGACAUAAAAACUUUGUAGUGUUGUGAAAUCACUUUAAUAAAUUGGUUUAUCUGGAUGGUUCUUGGAAAUUAACCUAUUCAGAAAGUGAUUUAUAGAUUCAUGCACUGCAACAUGUUUUAUUUAUUUUUGUUUGUUUGUUUAUUUAUUUAUUUAUUGUGGUGAAAUAUUUAGUUAAAUACUGCUGUUUUGAUGAUUUUUAUUUUAGUUGUAUUACUGUAUGUUGUGUAUAUUUUUCCUCAGUUAACCAUUCAGGUUCUUAGAAUAAUCAUGUAUUUCAUAAUUUUUUGUUUUUGCAAAAAUGGUUGGCUUGG